AAGGAUCAUGGCUGGGCUUCUUACUCCAGACAAGGGCGAGGUUUUCAUUCGAGGAAGAAGAAGACAUGGUUUAAUCAGCGAUGAUAAUCUCGGACUGUCACUUUUGGCCAAUGACUGUUGAAAUAUUGGUAUAAUUGUAUAAGAUUAUUGAGGCUUUGUUAGGGUUCUCCAAACUCUGCUUUUCCUAAAUUUCCAAGGUUAAGUGGUUUUGGAAAAAGGUGAAUACAUGUUUCUUUCUAAAUUCUUGUCGUUCCUCUAAUAGCUAUUUUGGCUCAGAUUUCUUGCUGUAGAAGCAUUAAGUUUUCAUUUGAUCUAAUUUCAGGGAUAAUUGUGACUUCUUGUGGUUGUAAAUAGCUUAAUAUUUCCAUUAAUGUACCUUUGUUUGGUUGUUUUUCUGCUGAUACAGUUUCUGAUUAGAAGUUUAUUCACUUGAGCAGGAAUAGUGAUGGUGAUUCAGUAGCUAAAAUGAAGGCCGCUGAAGAUGCCCUGCAAGAAAAGGAGAAGAAAAAACCUUCAUUCGAGCUCUCUGGGAAGCUUGCUGCGGAAACUAACAGAGUCAGAGGUGUGACACUGCUGUUCAAUGAACCCCCAGAUGCUAUCAAAUACUUCAUUUCCAAUAAUCAUUCAUUCAUGGAUCUCUCAUUUGAUUAUGCAACUGAAUUUGUAUGGAUUUCAUGGCUAAAAAUGCUCUUGCCACCAUUGUAGUCCCUAUUGUAAAAACAAAGAGAUGGAUUCUAUGUACCCUAGAAAGUAGAUUGAAACUUUUUAAAAUUUCAUUUUCAUCAUUUGCAGUGGGUUCAAUUUUUAUAAGUCAACAGGUUCAAUUUCACCUAAAAAUAUAAAUAAUUUGUUUCUUUCAAUGGUGUUACAAAAUCUAGUGGGGUCAAUUGACACAACAAUAAUGUAUGUAGCCCAUGGCUGCUUCAGUUGAUAAUAAGGUAACUGUAAAUUGUUUGAUUUGUUUUUCUAUUCUCCCAAUAUGAAAUUAAAAUGGUAAUGUUAGUCAUGAUUAUCUAGGCUAUAUUUUUCAAAUUGGUUUUGUUUGCAAGAGAAUUGAUAUAAUCUACUGAAUUGAUUGUUCAAAUAAUUUUGUGCAUGUACAAGACUGACUUUGAUUAUUAAUAUGAA